AUGUCUACCCGAGAUUCAACUAGGUUAUAUUGUUCAAUCUGCAAAAGGCGUGUUAAAGGGUUCAAAAAUCGCUCAGGUCUACAAAGACACGAAACAUUAAAAAAUGUAUCUUACAAUACACUUCCUUCACAUAUUCAACCAGUUUCAGAAUCCGAGCUUUCACACUUGAAAAAAGCUAUAAUUAAAGAAUUACAAAAACGUCUUAAAAACCAUCAUACUGCUGUUGGGAAACAAGUAUUUUCGAUACAUUGUAGUGAAGAUGCCUUCGUUGGUAUUUUUAGAAACCAUAUAACGCGUUACUCUCUAUGUGGGUCUUCUUAUUUAUGUAUCUUUAAGGGAGAAAAGGCCUUUGAUGAAGUUGGAAAAGUCUUAGAUGACAAAAAUUGGGGUGAGCGCAAUUAUGGAGGAGGACAAUUGAAUUUUGUUCGUUUGUAUAUGCCUGAAAGUGAAAAUAACAGUUAUGAUCAAAAUGCAAAAAAAUUAAAAUCAAAAUUAGUUUAUAAUGGAGAAAUGACCGUUAAAUGA